CACUUUUGUGCUAAACAUUCCAAAGGGACCAGAAGAAAACCUGGUAAGGCUAGUAUUAUCAGUGCGAUGAACAGAAGAUUGCAUCAAGGUGGAAACUGAUUGGUAUUUAGUGAAAACUCCGGAGGCGAGCCCAAGAAAAAGGGUCAUCGAUUCAAUCCAGCCCAUGUGCUGCGACACGUGCGAAUAAAUUGGCCUGUGAAUAAGAAAGAAUCUGUUACGUUUUGGGGACAGGCGCGCAAAACUUAAAAUUCAUGAGAAGAAGAAACAGAGCAAGAACAAGAACAAGAAGUCAAGAACAUUUCUUCUUUAAAAAGGGGUCGACAGUUAGCAGAAGGGGAGACAAAAGCAAAGGUUUUUUCUCUGGGAAGAUGACUGAUCAAGAGAAACUAACUGAGCAAUUGAACCCUUUCCUAAUACAUGUGGAAGGAAAACUAGUGGGAUUAACAUUGGAAAUGCAAAAAAGCGACCAAAAGAUGGUUCCUCCAGCACAUUUGAAUCCCAAAUCUUCUAAUCAUAUGGAUGCUUUGGCAAAAACUCGUGAAGCAAAGAUAAAGAGAUUGCAGGAAAUUAUCCUAGAAGCCAAUCUGGAGUUGGCCAGGUUAAAGAAGAAACGACGGCUGGAGUAAUUGCUGCUUCUCGUUAUUUCGUUCCAGUAAUAGCAGUCAAGAAUGUUUUAUUGGUUAAUUGGGAUGUUGAUGUACUGAUGGUGUUAUUUCAGGGUUAAGACUUAAUUAAACAGUAGUAUUGAGUGGUAUAGUUGAUCUCACUGGUAUUGGGAUUCUUAAUUUUCCUAUCUAACCCUUCAUAUUCACAUGUCUCAUUUUCAAUA